GAGGAUUCUUCCCCUGUAUUACCCCCCCGCGAUGCCCAACUCCAAGCCCCCCGCCGACCCCUUCGCCACCAUCCUCCUCCGCACCUCCUCCGCCCGCAGGCCCAACUCCACCAAGCUCUCAGAGCCCAUACCCCUCACCCCUCUUCAAGGUUCGCGCUUGUCCGAAGAUUCUUCGUCGGGCCCAAGUUCCCUACGCGGCAAGCCACGGUCGCGACCUACUACGCCCAAGAGCGACGAUGUGGGAGAGACGCGUUCACUUUCGCGACCCUCGUCAAAGAAGGGAAAAGAGGUGGACGCCGGGACGACGAAAGAUUCGUGCGGGAGGCAACGAGCUGAACAAGCUGGCGGCAAUCCAGAACGCAUGAAAGAAGAUGCGGCGAUGGAGAAGUGGAGAAAAUGGGUCAUAGAGCAGCCCUUGCAAUCAGGCGUACCGAGCACUUCUCCGUUGAAGGGAAAGGGAUCACCCGUCAACGGCGGUCAGAAAAUACCCUUGGUGUCUCUCAGCAACACUCACCGUCUAUCGGUCACCAAUUCCUCUCUGAGGACCCCUUCGGCUUUCGAUGCUCGGGGCCAAUCCGACCCUGAAACCUCGAUAACGUCGUCCCUCCGCACAACCUCGCCCAGGGCUUCGUCAGCACUCGCCUCCCCAUUCUAUUCUUCAGGAUUUGGAUCCCCGGGUGGCGGUGGUGAAAUAUACAACACAGACUCUGUGCUCGCUCUGCGCGAUGUAGAGCUAGCUGUCGGUGACGACGCAUUGUCAACGGCAGAACGUGUCAAAGCCGCCCCUCGGCGCAUGUCCAAUAAACCUCGUCUAUCCGAAAAACCCAAUCCAUUUGGCGACGUUGCAACUCGUCUCGGCUCACGGCGCGUUCGUCCAAUCGUGCUUGAGUUGAUACAAGCUUUAGGGCACUUUCUCGACGUCGUCUGGUCGACAACAUACCCUGAGCGUUCUUGUCCGUGGAUCAUAGACAAUACUGAAGAGUGCCCAGUAACGCCAUCUGUACGAAAAACGAAAAGGGCCCGCCAUACAGACUCAGAUCCCACAACAACAUCUGAGCUCGUGUGGAAGAGUCCUAUGAUCACGGCGGUGCAAGAGGGCAAGCGGACGGGGCAUGUACCAACACGACCUACCUCCAAAGAUCUAGGGUUCUGGCGGGACGAAGUAGAGUUUGGCAUUAGGGAUGUCGAUGAAGUUGUUGGUGUAAAGAAGGGAUUGGGGAGAGCGUUCGGAAACGCUCUCAAGGAGGGCCGGUAUGGCCCGCCAGAUGCUGGGAACGCUCUUGGGCAGAACGGGGACGAGGCCGGUAUGGCGAGGCUUUUGAACGAUUUGGAAGAAGCUAUUUGGGGUGAUGCGCCCCCUCGCCCCACUGAUCUUGCUUUUGAACUUCCAGCGGAUUUCGAUCCAUACGCCCUGCUCGAUGAGUCGGAACUCAUGGCCGGAGGGGCUCGCGGAAUAGGCGGUGCACAUCCGAAAGCAGGGUCCGCAUUAGUAGACCUUCUGGGCGCGUCCUCAAGCAGCUCGGGCACACCCACCACGGGUGGGCCGAGUUAUGACUCUCUUCCAGACUUUAAUGUCAACUUGGCCUCUCCUGUCGAGGAUCCCAUCAAAGCGAAGGAGGUCAAGAGCAAACAACGGAUAGAAGUGCUCAUUCCAGGUAUUGAGAAUAUCGAAGGAGCAGAGGGAAUGACGCUGGAAGAGUUGGGGAGAAAGAGGCACCAAGAAUGGCUCGCUAGUAGAGCGAAAGCUUAGACGAAUAUAAUGAAUGACCGACAUAGACUACUUGAGAUACGAUAUUUACCACUUGCCAGCACAUGACGACCAGGAAUGACUGCUUGUUGUAUAACGCAAAUGCAUCUCAAUUCGACCCGGAG